AUAUUGGGGCCACAUCAAGGUUGCAAUCAAGGUAAUCUUGAACCCCGCUAAAAGCACUGACAAGGGUUAAUCUAGACCUUCAUGACUUUGAAAUGAAAGAAAUGAAAAGUGAAUUAACAAAACAUAAUGGUGCGAAUUUCGUCUCGUCUCUUCAAAAAGCCAAUUCUGAACAAAAUUCAAAACAAUAUCGAUGGUCAGAACAAUGCUAUGAAAUAGUUAUAUCUGCGAAAAUCGAUAAUAAUAAUAAUAGUGGUGAUAUACCAGUUAUUCCAAUUGAUGGAGGUUCAGAUGCUGGUAUGUUUUGUGUAGUCGGCGCUCAAUUCGAUCCAUCUCGUAUUAUUUAUCAUCGCUCUACUACCAUUUCUAAUAAUAAUGAUAAUACUAAUAACAAUAAUUCGAAAUCAAUGGAACCGGGUGAUAUAAUCUUAGCUGUUGAUGGUUAUGAACUCUCAGGUUAUACGAAACAUGAUGCUAUUACAUUAUGUAAUGCUUGUCUAAAAUCUCAUUCACAUGUUCGACUGCAUCUUAGUCCACCUCAUGCAUUAGUCACAAGUAGUACAAUGUUGUCAAGCUUUUUGGCCAUUUCAUUUGCAAUGGACUCAUCAGAGUAUGCCCUUCAAGAAAAAAUUCGAGAGAAUGUUUACCAACGUGUAGUACCUUGUACAACUAGAUUACCCAGAGCAGAAGAAGUAGAUGGAGUUCAUUAUCGUUUUAUGAAUGUACCUCAAUUUCUUGCACUUGAACGUAGUGGACAAUUAUUAGAAAGUGGAAUGUAUAAAGGUAAUCAUUAUGGUACACCUCGACCAGACCCUAAUUCUACCGCUUUAGAUCCUGUAUUUUUAGAACAAUUCCAAUUAUCCUCUACAGACAUUUCACAAAUCAGUGAUGAUGCAUGUAGGAUCCCACCGCCAUUGGCACCACUAAGCUCAUUUAAUACAUUUGCAAUGCAUGCUACCACUACUGCUUCGGGGACUAAUGGCAGUAACAUUACUACUACCAGUAGUAGUAGUAGCAGUAAUAAUAACUCUAGUAUUGGUGUAAAAUUAAAUGAUCCAUUACAACAAUUAGCAACAUGUUCUCCACCACCGCCUCCACCAAUUCGCAAUUCAUCAAUUACAAAAAAUGCUAAUAUUGUCUGUAAUACUAAUAAUAUUAAUAUUAAUCAUGGUAAAACAUCGACUAAUCUGCUAACUUUAUGCACAACUGAAAAUUAUCUGACAAAAACGAUCGAUAACAACAAUAACAAUACACAGUUAAAUGGAUUAAAUGAAUUGAAUGGUAAAUUGUACCUACCGCGUCCAAAAUUUUCGAAUGAUGAAGCUAGUCUAUGGUCACCCAGUGAAAUACAUCUAGUGGAUGAUCAUAAAACAACCGCGUUGUCCACAGCAUCAACAACAAUGUCAGUUGCUGCCAAUGCUAUUACUAUUACAACUACUACCAAUACUAAUACUACUAAUAUGAAUACCACUACUAUGUCUAACCAUGUCAAUACGUCGAUGACCAAUGGUUGUUCACUCAUUGAAAGUUUCUGUGAUCAAACAGCUUAUUCAGUGGAUAAAUUAGAUCAAAUUGGUGAACAUGUAUUACCAUAUGGUUGGGAAAUUGUACAAGAUAUAAAAUAUGGUACAUUUUACAUUGAUCAUAUUAAUAAACAUACACAAUAUGAACCGCCAACAGUUGAAGAUUUUCAAUUAGGUGAAAAAGUACGCAUGAAGUAUUUAUCACAAUUUGAUACAAUUCAUCAUAAAACUAAAACUAAUACUACUAUCAAUAAUAAUCAUAAUAUCAUCAAAAAUGUAAAUAAUGAUGUUAACGCCAAUAAUAAUCAUGAUGAUAGUCAGAAUGAAUUAGGCUCAUCAUCCAUUAAUGAUAAUGGACGUAUAACUCCUGUGACAUUUUGUUCUGAUUUAAAACAAUUACGAGGUCCACUGAUUAAUACAGUUUUAGUGAAAAGUCCACGUGGUUUUGGAUUUACAAUUAUCGGUGGUUCCGAUUGUAAUCGGUCGGCAUUUUUACAAGUGAAACAUCUUGUCCCAGGUGGUCCAGCUUCACUGAAUAGCCAAUUAGCUGUUGGUGAUGUUAUGGUUAGCGUGAAUGGGACAAAUGUUCUCGGUUAUACACAUUCUCAAUUGGUUUCAUUAUUCCAGUCAAUCCCAGUUGGAGCUAGUAUUAAUUUACUAGUGUCGCAAGGUUAUCGAUUACGGAGAGAAAUUGGUAGUGAUCCGCCAACACAUUUUAAUGGUUCAGUAUCCGGUAAUCAUCUUGGUGCGACAGGUUUUGUAUCCGGUGUGAUUGAUAUUUCUGCUCAGAAUAACUUAAACAAUCUGAAACUUGGUGAGGAUACGUUAGAUAAUCUACCAUUGACGGAGUUACAUCUAGUUAAUUCAUCAAGGAAUUCCGGUGUAAUCUCUUCACAUUCUUCGAUUUCACCAACACCACCGCCAUCAGCAUCAUCAUCGUCUAAUAAUGGUAAUUCAUCUCAAGAGCUACCUGCAGUACGUUCUAGUCCGUCUAAUUUAAAUGGUGGUAGCUGUGUUGGAAAGUUGCGUAAUUCACAAAGACCGGAAUUUUUAAAGGUGUCAAUUUUUAAACAAACCAAUGGUUUCGGCUUUACUUUAGCUGAUCAUAUCCAAGGUCAGCAUGUGAAAGCUAUCUCAGAUCCAGUAAGAUGUGGUCGCUUACGUGUUGGUGAUGUCAUUGUAGAAAUUAAUGAUCAACGUGUAAAAGAUAUGCCACAUGUGGAAGUAGUUCAAAUAUUGAAACAAUGUCCAGUUGGUAAAGAAGCAAGAUUACUUGUUCAACGUGGUGGUUUGUAUACCUCCCCGUUAUCAUUACUGGAUACUGAAUUGCUUGAAAUGAAUUCAUUAAAUUUCAAUGAACAGCGUUAUCGUGGGAACAUAGCUAAUCAUCAGUAUAUAAAUGACUUUCAUGCUAAAUCAACUGACCAACAAUCAAACACAUCAAUAAUCGGUGUUUUCCCCUCUUCUCCACCCACUGAUGGUACUGUUAAUAGUAAUGCCAUAAAUACCACUACAAUUAAUAAUAAUAAUUUGAGUAUUAUUUAUGCUACUCCUCAACCUCAACGAAAUCAUCUUUCUUCCAGAAUUGGUUACCAUCAUCGAACUUCCGGUAGUACAGGAGAAAAUAGUAUUUCUUCAAGUAGUUCGUCGCAUAUACGUGCACAAACCCCCGAUCCAUACGUGGAUAGGCGUUUAGGCUUAGAUAGUCCUAAUCAUCAAUAUCAUCAGCGUCACUAUCAACAUUCGUAUCAAAAUGAACCGUCCGAUUUAAUUAGUCGGUCAAAUUUCGACCAAACAGAUUAUAUUCAUCAUUCCAAUAAUAACAAUGGCAACAUUAAUAAUAACAUGGGUUUAUCUGUGAUUUCGGAUCGACGCCGACGAGUACAUCCCGUUGAUGAUAGCGUUGUUGGUUUAAAUAAGGAUAACUUUUCACCCGAAUCACCUAAUUCAUCAACAACUUAUGGUUCAUUACUUCGACCUGGACGUAUGCUUCCAUUGCGUCAUUCACAGUCAUCCGUAUCUAACAGACCAAACAGUAAUAUUGUCAGAUCAGCAACAGCGGUAACGACGUCAGCAAUGGCAUCCUCAACAGCGCCAUUGUGCAUGCUUCCUGGGGAGUUCCUUGUACAUUUAAAGCGUCAGUCAACUGGUUUUGGAUUUAACUUAGUCGGUGGAGCUGAAGAAAAUACUCAGGUAUCUAUCGGUGCUCUGCGUAUGGGUGGUUCAGCUCAACUUAGUGAAGUUGUACGUACUGGAGACAAGUUAAUAUCAAUCGAUGGUGUACGUGUUAUUGGAGCAACACAUGCAGAAGUUGUAGAAUUAUUAGAUAGAGCUGCACAUACUGUUGGUCAAGUUACAUUGGGUUUACAAAGAGGAAAGGUUGAAAUUGACAAUCUCAAUUCACACUCUUCAUCGGAACCAGUUGAUGUUGUCAUAUCACGAAGUGAAAAAUCUGAUGGAUUUGGUUUCUUUUUGACUAAUACCAAACCAAUUCAUAAUUCAUUAAAUGAACAUUCAAAUGUUAUUGCUGUGAAUCGUAAUAACAGCAAUAAUAAUAAUCUUCAGAAUACAGAAUAUAUUGCUCAAAUUGUUCCUGGCAGUCAAGCUGAACGUAUGGGUCUGUUGUCUGUUGGUGACCAGAUAUUAGCUGUAAAUGGUAUUCCAACAUGUGGACUACAUCAUGAUGAAGUAGUUCGUUUGAUUCGAGAAAGUGGUAAUCACAUAGCUUUGAAAAUUUUGCCAUAUUCAGGUUCAGCUUCACGUGGACGUAAACAUCCUUUGCCAAUGAGAGAUUCAGUUGAAUUUCCGGUUACAUUAUUUCGUGGAAGCAGAGGUUUCGGUUUCUCCAUUCGUGGUGGACAAGAAUUUAAUCGUAUGCCACUAGUUGUAUUACGUAUUGCAGAUGGUGGUGCUGCUCAAAUGGAUGGUCAUUUGAAGGUUGGUGAUGAAUUAGUUGAAAUCAAUGGUUAUUCAACUAUUGGUAUGUCACAUGGACAAGCUAUUGAAAUCAUACAACGUGGCGGAAAUACUAUGCGUUUAAUUGUCCGACGUCGUUCUCCACGUGUUAAACAAUCAUUAGAACAACAAAUGUCAAAUGGUUUAACUCGUGUUAUUGAUAGUCGUACAAAUGCAGGUAAAUUGAUUUUAUUAUAAUUUUGUAACCUAAUAAAAUUUAUUUAAUACUGUUUCGGCAAUUCAUAAAUUAUACAGUUUCUGUUGUGAAAUGUUUUUGGUUUAUUUUAUUCCCAUUUAUGGACUGUUGCGUAUGAGGUAUGUAGAAUUUCACAUUUAUAUCUAUCCAAGACGUCGAAUGAUUGAAGAUCCACAAGAGUGUGGUGUUUGCUACUUACAUUUACAAAUAUAAGUAGUAUAUAACAACAGUCAGAUAUGUAAUGCCUGCCAGCAGAAGAUUGAUAAGAUUCAAUUGAAGAGAACAUGAAGAGAAACAGAUAGAAAUUGUAAUAACAACAUAAUUGAAAGAAUCAUGAAGCAUACAGAGGACAACUGAAGGAGGAUAUGCAAAUACUGUUUUUAAUGUACGGUUUUCAUAUUUUAUUAAAGCACUCUAUAAGUUUGCAUUAAACAAUAAAUUGUUUCCCCCCACGUAAGCUCUCCUUCACUACUAUAGUUGUAUAGAGUUUGUUCAUCCUUUAUAUUUUAUUUUAAUUAUUAAUACCUUCAAACUAAGCAUAUUCAUUGAAUAUGCUUAGUUUGAAGUAUAUUUCUAAUGUAUAGUUUAUCGCUACUACUAAUUGUAUUAUUUAGAUUAGAUUAGUUCGAUAAAAACUUGGUCUAGUGAAUGUAAACGAUUCAAAAUUAAUGGUUUACAAUGAUCCGAAUGCUCUCACUCGUUGUUUUCCUUUAAAUCUCGAAUAUAUAUUAUUUACUUACUUAGCCUUGUUACCCCUCGUGCAGGAGCUUAGUCCGCUCAUCAUGGUUCUCCACCGACCUCUUCAGCUAAAAGCUGUUUUCUCUCCCACAUAUAUAUAUAUAUAUAUAUGCAUUCUGCCUUGUCCCAUCAUAUUUCCAAUGCUUAAUUCUUCUUAUCAUUGCUACUUCAAUUAUUCCAACUUCUUUGUCCGCGAUCUUGUGUUCUGGUGUAAUUUCUCAAAUUGGGUGUGAUGUAUGAGCGAGAAAGGUAAUAAAUUGUUGUUUGCCUUUUCACAUUGAUAGAUAAUCUGACAGGUAUUAGAUGUUAUAUAUUUUCCUACCCUUACUAUUAUUGUUAUUGUUGUCGGUUGUUGGCGUGGAAAUAUACUGACGUUCUAAUCAGUCUAGUCACGUGUUCUUGAUCCGAGUUGUGUUGAAGUCCUAUAGAAAAGACACGGAGAGAGUAUCUAUUGUUGAUGAUCAUCCGUGAGAUAACUGUGUACAGUUUUUUUACGCUAUACUAUAUAAUCAGGGUUCAUUUUACAAUUCAGUAUGUGUAUACUUACUUUAGAUUUGCAUCUAGUUAAAAUCUGUAUUUCAACUUCCUAGAUUUCAUAAAUGAAAUCAUUCGUCCACAAAUGUAAGUCGGCCAAACAAAAUGCAACCAUUUCAUGUACAAAAUAAUUCGGAUUAUAAAACUUAUCAUCUAUCAGUAAAGAAUAUAAUGCAAUCAGUGUUAUAGAUUUAAUGUGCUUGUUCACCAUGUUGUCAACGUCCAAGAUCUAUUAAUUCCGUUUGAAAACUAUGAAUAUCUACCUCAAUAUCACGAAAAUUAAACGAUCAUCAUGUUAGAUUUUUAAAUCGUCAUGACAAAUUACCCUUAAACUUUGAGAUCUGACAACUGACUUCGAUGAAGCUAUUUGUGUGCUUAAUUGGUGAAAAAAAUGAGUAUAUAUUCAAAUUCCCCCAGGCUGGCAUACUUCCCUAAAAUAAAUUGAAGUUAUCUCUAAUCUUCACAUUUUUGUUCAUAUGUCUGAAUUGUAGUUGCCUCAUUUCUCCUAUAGAAUAUACUAAUAUAACCAGUUUUUAUUAUUUCCCAAAUACCACCAUAUUUUUUUCUUUCCUAGAUUGACCAUAGAAUUUAAUCCAUUCUAUUUUUUAUCUAUGUCCCCUUGUUCUUUCAAUCUCUUCAUUCUCCUAUGUAAGCUAACUAAUGUUUUAAUUGUUAUAUUUCAUUGUAAAUAAUCUAAAACUGUCAAGGAAAAUAGGAUUUAUAUCAGAAGGGUUUUUGUGGAUAUUAUAGUAAUUUCAAUGGUUGAGAUCAUGAGUCAAUUGA